AUGGAUUCCCCUUCUCCGAAUCAACACAGGCAAGUCUCUACGCCGCUGAAGCAGAGAACCCGGCCAAAUCACCGGCCGGCAGCUCGAUCUGCUGGCGAGCCCUACAAGCGACGCUCUGAUCAGACGGAGCCACAAGGUGAUAUAUCACCUUCGGUCAGGACACGGCGUUGUCUAUCAACGGGUUCGUCGCCGAUUUCAAGAUCAGAGACGACAACUACGCCUAAGAGGGAACCAUCCGCAGGUGUCGCGGAUAAGACUAUAAGGGAAAUCAUCAAUCUUGUCUCGGAAUACGAGUCUCCUCAGCCAAAUCGGAUCUUCAUCAACCUCGUGACAGACGACGAAUCUUCUCAAUCAAAUGAUCCACCGGCCGAACCACAUGUCCCAGUUGAAACUCGAGUAGCAUCGCCAGUACGUCCAGCUCGGCGUGUUAGCAUUAGCGAUACAACGCCUACUCGCCCUAGUCUGCAACGUCAAACCAAGAGUGAGCCUUCGACGCGGCCGAAGACGACUCCGACCAAAAUAGACAAGAGAAUUCAAGCCUGCCUGCGCAAACCUCUACCUGAUCGCCAAAAUAAGUUCAAAGGUGUCGGUAAUAAUUAUAUAUUCGAGACCACCACCGCGGAGCAGUCAAGCGACAAGAUCGUCAAGAUUGGCGUCACAAGAGGAGCGGAACAGGCACGAUUCGACAAUAUUGCCAAGGGGUGUCGACACCUGCUGAUUGAGGAACAAAACGACCCAGAGCACAUGCCAAUCCGACUCUACGUUCGUGCGGAGCAGCUGAUGCACAGGGAGUUGGAGGACUUUAGACAUUCGUUCAAGUGCCAGUGCAAGGUGAAAUCCCACAGAGAGUAUUUCAACGUCGACAAGUCCGUUGCUCUCGAGGUUGUCCAGCGUUGGAGAGAGUUUUGCAAAAGAGAGCCCUAUGAUGAAGACGGGAAACUUCGAUCGUUUUGGGAGCACAGGCUGAGGCAGUUCAACACGUACGGGGAUUCAGGGACAAAGAUUGACCAUCCAGAGCGAGCGGAUCGAUGGCGACGCUUCAUGAAUCCUACGAGGUGCGAAGUGCUCUGGUACGAUUCCAAGGAAGCAUUCAAGAAGAUAUGGAGGUGGAGGUGGUUAGCAGUUUCGCUCAUUCAGAGCUUCAUCAUCGCUGUCCUAGCCUUUCCCCGUUUAUAUCCUGUCUUUCUGUUUGCAUUCAUGGUAGGUUGGGUCUUAGUGGAAACGUCUGAUUUGGACCAUCCGGUUUUUCUCAACGCCCUUAACUGGGCGGCGGACGGCAUUCGAAAACCGGCUUUGUUACAGCAUUCGGCAGCUGGCCCUACAAGACCCGCCGGCAAGACAUCCGAGGUUGGCAGAGAAGAGGAAGGGUUGGACGAACAAGAAUACGGAGACCUUGGCGACGUGGAGAGCUGUUGUUCAUCGGACGUCGAAGGCCUUGGGAUUGACUUUGAAGAUGGCACCGAUACUUCGGUGACUGAAGAUGCUGUCAGCACCACUGGCAGUGACGAGACUAGGCCAUCCACGGCAGAUUAA